GGGCGGAAUGGAGCGACCGUUGGGAGGUGGAGGCGUUGAUGAAUUAUUCAAAGUAAAUUCAGUGUCGUUUGAGAGACUUCUCACUGCCGGUCCCUGCAGCCGUCGCUCAGCUGCUCUCAGCGCAGUGUGGACUGGAGAAGAGACUGUGAAAAGCUUUAAAUAGCCUCUCCUGAUUUGAGAUUUGACUGGGGGAGUCUUGAGGAUGGUUCCUUAUUCCUGUUUGCUCCUCUGCUGGCUGGCUCUCCCUCUAAGAGGUCUGGAGAUACUCGACCCGGAGGAGGUGGAAUACAUCCAGUCCCACGUCACAGCGACAGUCGGAGGCUCGGUCACGUUGGAAUGUGGCUCCACCGUGCCCAACAUCUUCAUCUGGGGCUUCACCAAACCAGGGAGUGAUAAUAACGUAGCAGUGGCAUACAACUACGGACACGGCCCGUGGCUCCAGCCUCAGUCCAGCAGCCUGGGCCGCAUGGAGAUCCCCAUCCACACCUCUGCUUUAGUCAUAGAGGAGCUUCGGAGGGACUCAGCGGGGACGUUCACCUGCCAGGCGCUGUACGACACAGAUGACGGCACCAGGGUAACGUUCUACUCCACCCGGCUGGAUGUGGAGGACGACUGAUGAUGACUCCCGCUCUGGUCACAUCGGUCUCACAGCUGCAUCACUGUCUGCUUUUCAAAACCUCAGUUCAUGAUCUUUGUGUGCGAGUUGGUUCGUCUAAAAUUCCAAAAAAGCAUAUUCUCAAAUGUGGUUCCUGUAGUUUGAUGCCAUUGUUGGUUAAUUGUGUCCUUUUUAAACAGGAGCUAAGAGACUGUAUGUUCUCAGGUCACUGACUGAACCGGAACCCCUGUCCUUGCACUAUGUACAGUCACUUUAGCAACACUGAGAGAAGUUAGAACACAACAUUUGUACAAUCUUCUACUAUCAGACCCAGGGAGUUCAAGAAUUGAAGGUACAUUUAAAAGACGUUCCGUUAGCAAUAACGAUAGCACAUCCUGCUAAUGUUACGUAGCGUUGCUUUAACAGAAACACUGCAUUGUGGGAGACUUUGAAAGACAGGGGUGUUUAAUAAAGUUUAACCAAAGAUUUGCACAAUGGAUCCUGAUCCAUAUUUAGCUAUCUUUCCACAAGAAGACCAAAAAAAAGUUGUAUUUUCCACAUAAACUUUAACUUUAAAUGUUUGCAUAAACAAAUGAAUCCACCUCUCAACUUUUUCCUUAAUAAGAUAUUAUUCACAUUAUAACGUGU